CUCCUUUCGGAAUUACGUACGUUUUCGUGUGUCGCAAACGACAUUAACCGUGGCAAAUGGCCUCCCAGUCCACGACACCUUUACUGGCACUCAAAAUACCGCGCAAUGUGCUCGACAAGCUGCAGUCGACCGACGGAAUCCAGCUCACACUGGGCGGCAAAGAGAAGGGCAUUGGCGGGUCAAUGGUCAUAGCUGGCAUGCGCUACGAUGUGCGGUAUCGGGCAGAGCGCGGCGGCGUAGCGCUUGUAUUCCAAGGCAAGUCGCCAACAAUAGUCAGCGGCGACACCGAGAGCACCCAAUGGGAGCCGCACGGCAAAGUGACUGGCCGCCUGACGCUCCUGCCGCCCAAAGGAACACAGCCGACUGAGCGCAAACCGGCGGCAAGGCCCGCAGAGCCAGCAGGAAUGGCAUCGCUGGAGUCCAGCCAGACAGCAUUCAGCUCGAUGGUCGAAAAGGCCGUGGCCGAGCAGACACAGCAGCAGCGCGCAAAGGAGCGGGCAGCAGCCAAGUCAGCGCCAUUGAAGCGGCCGGGCGUCGCGGCCCAGCACCAGAAGCACCUGAAGCAGACACGCGAUCGGCUUCUGCACUACCUGGCGUUUGCGUCGUGCGAGGAGGAAAAGGCGAUGGCCAAGCUGAAGGGGUCGCGGCAGGAAGUGCUGGACAUUCUCAAAUCAAUUGCGACCGUGGACGGUACGCUGUGGACGCUCAAGCCGGAGCAGUUCCGUGAGGUGCAGAUUAUGCAGUGGGAAAAAUACAAGGGCAGUGUCAGGCUGCAGGUCGCUGCCAACUGCCUUGCUGCGUUCGAUAAGCUUGGACUGCCCAUGGACGAUCCGGACCGCGUGCGCGUAACAAAGAGCAACGGGCACAGCAGACGGCGGCCAAGCUGGGCCAGAGCACAGCUCCGGCCGGCUGCCAAUGCGAGCCCGCCUGCGGCUGGGGCUGCGGCUGCCACGGGCUCGUUGUCGGCUCUAACCAACACAUCUGUGAUCCGCAGCCCGACAGUCCCGUCGCUGAGCCUGCCGAAGGAACCACCUGCGACAAAGAAAAAGCCCACUCGCUCGGUCAUUGCACCUACGCUGGCCAAGACGCUCGGCAUGAAGGGAGCUAAGCCGGCCAAGCGCAAGCUGACAGGGACCACUGAUUCGCUUGGCCCGCCUUCCCGCAGCUCGGUUGCGCCCGGCCGCCGGUCUGUCACACCCGAUUUUAGCGCUGACACCAAGGCUGCGAGCAAGAAGCCCGAGCCGAGCAAUGAGGAUGGCGAGCUGAAUGAUGGCGAGAUCAAGGAAGAGGGCGAGACGUCGGGCCCAGAAUACGGCAGAGCUGCUGAAUCCCUGGCACCAGCCAAGCCCCAGCUGCAGGCGUCUAGAGGCCACUCACACAGCGCAUCGUUCCAAGGAGAUCGCCAGAGGAGCGACCCUUCAGACCAACACAGAUUGCCAGUGGACCGCAAGCGGUUCCGUCGGCUGCGCGCCGAGUCCGAUGUGCAUCCAGUAUCAGACACGGAGGCCGACUACAGCCGACCACAGCACCGGCCGCCACGCUGGAGCAGCAGCCAGAGCCGCAGCCCGAUGAUGGUCGAUCGCGUGGAUGGCACCUUCAGCCGGUCGCACACAGACCUUGACGAGCACGGGAGCCGCCGCCCGCUACAGCUCCGGUCGCGCCCACUACCCGCCCAGUCGUUCGCUGUGUCGCCGGCCAUAUCGUCGCCACAGGUGCCCAGCAUUGAGACUGAAGCGGCUGUCAACAGAGUCCAGGAGAGGCUAGCAGCAGAAAUCAGCGCAGAACGACGUAUCCCCUCGUUGACAUCAGCCAACGGAAAUGCUGACACAGCCACUGAUGCAGCCACACAAUCCAUGACGGCCGCUGCAGCUGCCAUCAGUGCUCGUGCCCGGCUGCCGCGCGGCCCAUCACUGUCGCCGGUUCCCUCCCGGCAGGACUCUCUGUCGCGUUCGCCGGCAAUGCGGCCACAGAACCCAAAGACCAUUGAGGACCUGGAGCGGCUCGAGCAGUCGAUCCGCACAGCGUACGAGGAGUACUGCGAGCUGCGGCUCAAGCUCGAUAGCUGCCACGCUGAAUUCACGCCCUUGGUAGACGAGCUAGCGGCGGCCCAGAGCGCAAGCGUGGAUGCGCGCAAACGGGCUCUGGAAGCCAAGUGCUCGAACGAGGCCGACCGGGAAGAGGGUGAGGAGAUCCCUGGCGACUGCACAUCACCGUCGGAGCUUAGCCUGGCGAUUGAUCCGACGACUAGCAAGUGCACGCCCGACGGAUGCCGGCUCUACGUGUACGAUGAUCCUGACGAUGGUCAGACAAUGUGGCUCGCCGAUUCGCCCGAAGUCGUAAUCGACGCAGACGACGCGUCACCGUCGUGUCGCCGGCGCCGUUUGCUGCCAGAGGAGGCGCGAGUGAUACGUGCGAGCCAGAAAAUCUCGGAAAGCUACAGGGACCUGCCCGGCGGAGACGCGCUGCGGUGGACCAGGAGGUAUCUCCGACUGCAUUCGCAGCUUGAGCAGAUGGGUGAUGACCUGAGUAAGGGGUAUGAGCGGCUGCGGAGGAGCAUGAUGAAGCAAGUCGAUGCGCUCAGAGGCGAGCUCGAGGACUUGGACAUAGAUAUUCCCAACCUUGACGAAAAGGUGGGCGAUGUGCUCGCCUUGGAGACGUAUCAGAAGGGCUUGGCUGAUGCACAUAGCGCUUCAGCCGACUAACAUGACAUUGGCAAUAAACGACAACCCGUGCGUGCUCUGCAGGCACUACCACACUCAUCUGCACGACCGGCCUACGUCGGCAGAAAAGACAAGUGGCCAUUGCAAGUUUGCGUGGCAGACCUGGAUAUUAGUGAAUGCAGCUCAAAUUAAUGAGCGCCUGCCCAGUCUGUUUGCUAGGCGAUCAGCGAGGCCAAUGUGUGGGUCUGUGAGGGAUGCCACAAGCACACUUCUCCUUUGCUUCCCACCUUGUUCGCACAGUUGUAUUUUAGU